AUGCCAAAAUGGGAAAAGAAACGGUGUAGAAAAAUAGCGGGCCGCUAUUGUAGCUAUGGAAGUUUGCCAGAUCUCUUUGCGGGAAUCUGGAUGGAUCUAGGCUGGAAUGGCCCGAGAAAGCAGGGAUGUAUCGGCAUAGCCUUAUGCAUACAGGUUAGAGUGGUUAACGGCCAGGGUAGGGUUACGGUUAAGGUUAGGUUAAGAGUACGCGCGAAUAUCACCUUCUCAGACUACCAACAAUCUUAUAACCCACUUGAAUAUUUGAUCGUAAUAUUCCUGGCGAGCACAUCCAAGACUACCCACAAAGUACCUCGGACAGACGAGAAAUCCCUUAUCAUCUUGCCACCAGAUACUACAUCCCUCUCGGCCGCCCUGACCCAGUCCCACAGAAUGCUAUGGCCAUUAAUGGCACUCUGGGACGACAUCUACACCAAGUUGAAGCAAGGAGGGAUUCCUCUGUCCGACACAUCCAACCAGGGCGCAGGCGGGAUUCUUAAUGAACACAUUCAUGAUGAUCGAAGUACGCCCAUUCCCGGGAUCUCCUUUUGA